AUGAAUCCACUGAUACCAUUGUUGGGACUGUUGGCUUUUACCAAUGCUUAUGUGAAUAUUGCCCUCAACAAACCAGCUUACCAGCUUUACCAGUACCAUCCGGGUGACGACAGAUUUGAUGCCAGUAAUGCCGUAGAUGGACUCAAAUCAGAUUUUAGAGGAUUGAACGGUCAAUGUACAUUGUCAGCUAAUGACCAACGUACAGCUCAGUGGUGGGUGGACUUUGGCACCAUCCACAGCAUCCAUCAUAUAACCAUAUAUUACAGGACGGACAAUGUUACGUGGGAUAGAAAUAAUGGGUACACAGCAAGAUUUUUAGGGUUUUCUGUAUACGUCUCCAAUACAACAGACAGACUACAAGGAAGACGGUGUUUCAAAGACGAAAACUUUACGAGAGAUACUAUACCUGCUAUAUUCACCAUCACCUGUCCUUUACAUGGACAAUACGUUAUCUACUACAACGAGAGACUAUUAGGUGUUACCUACCCUGCCGAUUAUUCUUCCUAUGCGUUUAAUGAGCUUUGUGAACUAGAGGUUUUUGGCUGCCCUAGAAUUGGAUAUUACGGAACAAACUGUUCCAUUCCAUGCCCAGAUGCCAACUGCCGGUAUUGUCACACAGAGACAGGCACCUGCGAGGGAUGUAAAGCGGGUUAUCAAGGUCAUCAGUGUGAAUUAGAAUGCAACUAUGGAUUCUUUGGACAAGAUUGUGCCUCACAAUGUUUCAACACUUGUAAAGGGUGUAACAAUGUCGAUGGUGCAUGUGACCGGGGUUGUUAUCCAGGCUGGCAGGGCAACAAUUGUGGAGAUUAUUGUACAAAUCAUAUGUACGGAGAAAAUUGUAGUAUCUCAUGUGGGCAUUGCCUUACCAGAGAGCAAUGUCAUCAUAUAAAUGGAACGUGUAUGAAUGGGUGUGACAGUGGGUACCAGGGCUCCAGUUGCACAGAAGAAUGUGACACUAACCAUUUUGGACCAAACUGCAGAUACACGUGCAAUGAAAACUGCAGAAGCUGUAACAAAACGACAGGUGUCUGUGAGUUUGGUUGUAAAGCUGGAUGGAAAGGCGUUAUGUGUAAUACAGCAUGUGACGGUGGAAUGUACGGGGAUGGUUGUGCCAUACCUUGUGGGCACUGUCUGGAGUCACGACAAUGCCAUCAUAUAAACGGAACCUGUAUGAAUGGGUGUGAUAGCGGCUUUACAGGAUCAAAUUGCACAGACGAAUGUGAGGACAACUAUUUUGGACAGAAUUGCCGUGAAAGAUGCAAUGAAACGUGCAGAAACUGUAAUAAAACAACGGGUGUAUGUGAUAAUGGGUGUUAUCCUGGAUGGAGUGGGCAGUACUGUCAACAGGAAUGCAUGGUUGGCUUUUAUGGAGAUGCGUGCAGCAAUAGUUGCGGGCAUUGUCUAAACAACACAGCAUGUCACCAUGUCACGGGAAUCUGUGAUCAAGGUUGUGAGUCUGGUUACCGAGCACCCAACUGUAGUAUAGUUUGUGAUGGUGGAAUGUACGGAGAUAACUGUAAUGUACCUUGUGGUAGUUGCUACGAGUCAAAACAGUGCCACCAUAUAAAUGGGACGUGUUUGAAAGGUUGUACCAGCGGGUACCAAGGUUUAUUAUGUACAACAGAAUGUGAUGAAAACUACUUUGGACUAAAUUGUAAAGAAGAAUGCAAUGUAACGUGUAAAAGCUGCAACAAAAGUACAGGUGUUUGUGAUAACGGCUGUUAUGCUGGAUGGGAAGGGGAAUUUUGUGAAACAGAAUGUCCAGCUGGACUUUAUGGCGAACAUUGCAGCAAUAACUGUGGUAAUUGUCUAAACAACACAAACUGUCAUCAUGUGAAUGGAACAUGUUCUGAGGGAUGUGAACCCGGGUAUCAAGAGCACAACUGCACUGAGGAAUGUACAGGUCUGAUGUAUGGGCAAAAUUGUAACCUCUCUUGUGGACACUGUAUCAUGUCAGAACAAUGUCACCAUAUCAACGGAACCUGUAUGAGCGGGUGUGAUAUUGGUUACCAUGGUUUACACUGCACAGAAGAGUGUAAGGCCGGAUUUUAUGGUGAACAGUGCGGUAGCAUAUGUGGUCACUGUUUAGAUAAUGGCGCAUGUGAACAUAUUACUGGAUAUUGUCUCAAAGGUUGUGAACCUGGGUACCAAGGAAUAAACUGUACAAUUGCUUGUACUGAUGGGAUGUAUGGAGACAAUUGUAGUACGCCUUGUGGACACUGUUUUGAGUCGCAGCAAUGCAAUAACGUAAACGGAACAUGUUUAAAUGGGUGUGACCGUGGAUACAAAGGGAUCAGCUGCACUGAGGAAUGCGAGGAAAACUUUUUCGGACGAAACUGUAACAGUAGCUGCAAUGCAACUUGUAAAAGUUGCAACAGAUCGACAGGCGUAUGUGACACUGGAUGUCUUUCUGGAUGGAGAGGAGAAUUUUGUCACAAAGAAUGUAUAGCAGGAUAUUAUGGGGAAGAGUGUGGAAGCAUUUGUGGAUAUUGUCUAGACAACACAACAUGUCACCAUGUAACUGGAUCAUGCAACGAAGGAUGUCAGUCUGGUUAUCAAGAACCAAACUGCACAGAAGGUUGUGACGGAGGAAAGUAUGGAGAAAAUUGCAGCCUACCUUGUGGACACUGUUUUGAGUCGGAACAGUGCAAUCACAUCAACGGAACGUGUAUAAACGGGUGUGACAGUGGCUACCAAGGUGUUCUGUGUACAGAAAAAUGUUCUGAUGGAUAUUAUGGAGAGGAAUGUGGCAACAGUUGUGGGCAUUGUCUAAGCAACACAACAUGUCAUCAUGUCACUGGAGUCUGUGAACAAGGUUGUGAGCCUGGGUACCAAGCACUCAACUGUACUGAAGUCUGUGACGGUGACAUGUACGGAUAUAACUGCAGUAUACCUUGUGGAAAAUGCUUUGAAUCAGAGCAAUGUCAUCAUGUCAACGGGACCUGUAUGAAUGGGUGUGACAGUGGUUACCAAGGCCAAAACUGCACAGAAGAAUGUCAAGAUAACUUUUUUGGACGGAACUGUGAGCAUAUCUGUAAUGUAACGUGCAGAAGCUGCAACAAGACAACAGGUGUAUGUGAUAAUGGCUGUUAUCCCGGAUGGACAGGACAGUAUUGCCAAAAUGAUUGUCCAUUUGGAUUUUUUGGCGAGGGAUGCAGUAGUCAGUGUGGACAUUGCCUUCAUCAAACAACAUGUCAUCAUGUCACUGGAGUCUGUGAACAAGGGUGCGAGCCAGGUUACCAAGCACCAAGCUGUACCGAAGCUUGUGAAGGGGAAAUGUAUGGAAAGAACUGUAGCACACCCUGUGGAAACUGUUUGGAGUCAGAGCAAUGUCACCACAUUAACGGGACCUGUGUGAAUGGAUGUGAUAGUGGGUACCAAGGAUUAAAGUGCAUUGAUGAAUGCGAGGAUUACUUUUUUGGACAAAACUGUAAGGACAUAUGCAAUACAACGUGUAACAGUUGUAACAAAACAACAGGUGUCUGUGAUAAUGGAUGUCAUUCCGGAUGGAGGGGAAGUUUCUGCGAAGAAGAAUGCAUGCCCGGCAGUUUUGGUCAGCAGUGUAAUAACAGUUGUGGACAUUGCUUCAAUCAGACAGCAUGCCACCAUAUUACUGGAAUUUGCGAUAAAGGGUGCGAACCUGGGUAUAAAUCAUCAAACUGUACUGAAGCCUGUGAAGUUGGGACAUAUGGAGAGAAUUGUAGCAAACAGUGUGGACACUGUUUUGAGACGGAACAAUGCCAUCACAUCAACGGAACGUGCAUGAAUGGGUGUGACAGUGGAUUCCACGGUUUACUAUGCACUGACGAAUGUGAAGAUCAUUAUUUCGGACGAAAUUGUCAGGAGAACUGUAAUGUAACUUGUCAAAGCUGCAACAAGACAACAGGCGUGUGUGAUAGCGGGUGUUACCCCGGGUGGAGAGGAUUGUAUUGUGAAGACGAGUGUGCCUAUGGAACUUAUGGAAAGGAAUGUGAGAGCAAGUGUGGGCAUUGUAUAGGUAACUCUGUCUGCCACCAUAUUACUGGAGCCUGUGUUCAGGGGUGUGAACCUGGGUACAAAGCGCCAAACUGUACUGAGGCUUGCACACCCGGAGUUUACGGUCAAAACUGUUGCUCACCAUGUGGGAACUGUAUCGAUUCGGAGAAAUGUCAUCACAUAAACGGGACGUGUUUGAAUGGUUGUGACAGUGGCUACCAGGGUUUACUAUGUAUUGAAGAAUGCUCAUCUGGGUAUUUUGGAGAACAAUGCAACGGUAUUUGUGGACAUUGUAAAGAUAAUUCAGCAUGUCACCAUAUUACUGGGACUUGUGCCGAAGGAUGUGUCCCUGGUUAUCGUUUUCCAAAAUGUACAGAAGCUUGUGAUGGCGGAACGUACGGCGAUAAUUGUAGUUUAAUAUGUGGAAAUUGCGUGAAGUCAGAACAAUGCCAUCACAUUGAUGGAACCUGUAUGAAUGGGUGUGACAGUGGCUACAAAGGCGUAAAAUGCAAUCAAUAAUGUAGGUAUGGAUAUUAUGGAGAAAGAUGUAGCAAUGAGUGUGGACAUUGUCUUAACAACACAGCAUGUCACCAUGUUACCGGAACUUGUGUAAAUGGGUGUGAACCUGGAUACAAAGCACCAAAUUGUACCGAAGUUUGUAGCAAUGGGUACUACGGAAUUGCGUGCUACAUGCAAUGUAGCAAGUUUUGCAAAACUUCAUACGACUGUCAUCACGUUUCUGGAUUUUGUCAGGGUGAUUGUGCUAUUGGCUGGCAAGGGAAGCAUUGUUUAGAGGGUAAAUUGUCUAGUUAUUGAGUUUUGGUUUUAAUAUUUUCUUUAUAGAGACUAUUUAAA